UUGGAUUUUUAUACGAAAAUAAGAAAAUUCGGGGCUGGAUUAAGGGGCGGGCAUGAUUGUUUGCGCUUGGCGAGAACAACGGUGCACCUACUUUCUAAACCUAAAGACGCCUCAACGAUUCGGAUGAUUAAAGGAAGAAAGGCAAACGGUGAUGGGUGCGUGGAAAACAUGCUUAUUCGUAUUACAGAUGCAGCUGCACUUGUCUGCGGAAUGCCCGCCACCGCCUCUGCGGUCGCCGUCAGCCAACCUAGGGUACCGAAAGGCGGGACCUGAUUUGAACGACAUGUUGGCGGAGGUCAUGCUAAACAGCCGACAAGACGACCGCAUCGUACUGGCGCAGCUGGCCCCGAGCGAUGCCGUGACGGAUAGCAUGGUGUACCGGCCGCGCUUGGGAGAAGAUGCGGCGUUCCGGUGCGAAGUGCCGGCCGGAAGCGACGGACGCGAAGUGUCCUGGCUGCACCAAGACCGGACCAUCUUUGAGGCAGGACUGCCGGUGCCGCUGACGGUAGCAGACACCACGGGACCGACCUACAACUUCAGCCGCGUCCAUAACACCCUGAUCCUUCUGGUCCUCAACAUCAGCAUGGGCUCCGGGGGCUCUGUGCGGUGCGUCGCCACUUCCUCCGGCCCCGCCUACAUGUCUCGGCCCCGUGUCCUGCAGCACUAUAUGCUGCUGCCGCUGAUCACGCGCCGCAGCGACGUCUUCGCCGAGCCCGAAGUUUCCUACGUGACCGCCACCGAAGGCGAGAGCGUUACGGUACCGUGUAAUAUCCGGCUGCCCUUGCCGGAAGGCAUUUUUGCAAACAUGCGCAACCACGUCAUUUGGCGCCAUAACGACCGGGUCGUCUAUGGUCCCUCGGAAGCGCCGUACGGGUUCUUAAUUUCCAAUACUGGCAUUCCCCAAGCCAUCGAAAUUGCCCAUCCGAACGACACACAGCCCGCCAACCGGCCCGGACACCUGGUAUCUGAUGCAUACAACUUUCCGGCUGUCACACUGGCCGCUGCUGGACAAGUGCAGUGCCUGUUCCGGCCACACCAAGGCAUACAUGAAUGGAUUGUUCAGAGUACAAAGCUUGUAGUUUUUGCUAAGAAAAAUGCGCAGUAG